GGCUCCCCCUCCCCAAGGCCGAGGGGACGUAGAGCGAUGCUUUGGGGGCUCACGGUCCGGGGUUUGCCCUGAGAGGUGGGAAAAGGGCCGUGAUCCGGAGCGAUGCGCAGUGAGCUGAAGCUCCACAGGGGAGCUGGGCCGCGUGUGCCGGGAUGCUGCGGUCUGUGCGCUGCGGGAUGCGGGCCAGGGACCCCCGAGCCAGCGCUGAAGCGGGCGGCGGAGCACGGUCCGGUCAGGGUCCGGUGCCGAGCCAGCUCCGGGUGGUAAUUAAUUGGCAGGAGCAGCGGGUCAGCGCGGCGGCGAGGAUUACCGCGGCCGGGAUUUCCGUCGGGCGCGGAUUAGGAGCCAGCGGAGCCUCUCCUGAGUGGAUCUGAGGGGAUUGCUGCUCCUAAUCAAUGUAAAUGAGGCUCCCCCAGGGCCACCCUUUAUGGCAUUAACGAACUAACGGGAUUAGCCAGAGCAGGGUGAGAAAUCCUGGCUCCGAGCUGCGGCGCGUGCCAGGGCCGUGGUGGGCGGCAGCGGUGGGUCGGCUCCAGGCUGCUGGAAAUGGGGAAUGCCAGGGAAUGCCGGGGUCCCCCGCACACCCACGAACUGUGUCCCGUGGAGACCCUGAUGCCCUUCUGGGUCUGUCUGUCCAUCGUCUCCUAUUUGAGGCUGUUGGCACGUUCCGGGCAGACCCAGAAGCACCGGCUCGUAUGCCCGUGCUCUCGCCCAUCCCACCCGUAUGUGUGGAUUGACGCCCGUCCCCAGCAGUGCCUGUCCCCGCCGGGCCAGCCGUCCCCUCCCGCACGGUGAUUCUGCCCCACGGGUACGUGAGGCUCAGGUCGUGCAGGGGUCCCACCGUGUCCCGCUCCAGACAGAGACUGAACAGAGGGAAUCUCCAUUCCCAGAGUUCCAGCCUUCGCUGCAACCUGCCCCUCGUCCAGCCUCGGGGUCCACUUGGAGGACGGGAACCCUGGGGAGGUGCCGGGCGUGUCCCUGACCUCCCGGCCCUUCUUUCCCUUGCAGCCUGCGGCGGGAGGGCUACACGGUGCAGGUGAAUGUCAACGACUACCUGGACAUCUACUGCCCGCACUACAACGCCUCGGUGCCCGAGCACCGGCUGGAGCAGUACGUGCUGUACAUGGUGAACGCGGAGGGGUACCGCACCUGCAACACCAGCCAGGGCUUCAAGCGCUGGGAGUGCAACCGGCCCCACGCACCCCACAGCCCCAUCAAGUUCUCAGAGAAGUUCCAGCGCUACAGCGCCUUCUCACUGGGCUACGAGUUCCGUGCGGGGCAGGAGUACUACUACAUAUCCACGCCGACACACAACCACCGCCGGGCCUGCCUGAAGAUGAAGGUGUUUGUCUGCUGCGCCUCCACGUCGCACUCCGGGGAGAAGCUGGCGCCCACCCUGCCCCAGUUCACCCUGCGGCCCGAGGUGAAGAUCGAGGACCUGGAAAACUUCAACCCGGAGAUGCCGAAGCUGGAGAAGAGCAUCAGCGGCACCAGCCCCAAGCGGGAACACUUGCCCCUGGCCGUGGCCGCCGCGCUCUUCCUCAUGACUCUGUUGGCCUCGUAGCUCCCGGUGCCCGCGGGGGCCCGGCCAGCGCCGCUCUGCCGAGUGCGGCCCCCCCGACCUGCUGAGAGCCAGCGGGGACCCACCGCGACACCGCCACCCCCUGCCCGGAGAGCCGCCCGCAGAGCUGCCCCGCGGGGCAGGGAGCACGGCACGCACCGAUCCGGCUGGACUCGCCUCCCAUCCCGCCAGCGGAUGCGGCCACGUCCGCAGGGAUGCGGCUGAGCGAGCUGCGCCUCCCGCCGACACCGGCCCGGGCCGCGGGGUCCUGCCCGCAGCCGCCCCGGUGCCCCGUGGCUGGGGGGGAGUCCGAUGAGAGCAGGGACCCCCGGGGCCGGGCAGUCUGUACAUACCCAUAUAGAUCUAUACAUACUGUACAGAGAGCGACUACAGAGAUAUAUCUAUACUGUACCAUAGGCAGCGGCGCCGGCCCCGGGCUGGCUUGUACAUAGUCGAACGUGUUGGAUUUUCCUCGUCUUCUGUGAAGACCUGACCUAUGCAAACGCACAGACACUUUUUGGGGAAAAACAAAACAAAACAUUCUCGAUCUUUUUUUCAAGUGCUUUGGCUGGUGAUUUUCAUAUUCUGCUCUUAGUCUAUAAAAAAAAUAAUAAAAGGAUAAAAAAAGGGAU